GCCUUCACGAGUCUUGUUCCCAUUCCCGAGACAUUUUUCUUUCUUUUUUUUUUUCAUCUCUUUAUGACUCCUCAGUUUCUCAGAAGCCAAAGGGAAAAGAGUUUUGAUCUCUUUCUUCCCUUAUCAUUUUCUUAUAUGGCAGCUGCACCGGUUGAGCCGGCGGUGGCGACGAUGUUCCCUGGCUUCAAAUUCUCGCCGACGGACAUCGAGCUUAUAUCUUAUUACCUGAAGAGGAAGAUGGAUGGUUUGGAGAGGUCUGUUGAAAUUAUACCUGAGGUUGAGAUUUACAACUUCGAACCUUGGGAUUUACCUGACAAGUCCAUUGUAAAAUCUGACAGCGAAUGGUUCUUCUUCUGUGCUCGUGGUAAGAAGUAUCCCCACGGUUCACAGAACAGAAGAGCAACCAAGAUGGGAUAUUGGAAAGCCACAGGAAAAGAACGUAAUGUGAAGUCAGGUUCUGAGGUGAUUGGAACUAAGAGAACGCUUGUAUUCCACAUUGGUCGUGCGCCAAAAGACGGAAGGACCGAAUGGAUUAUGCAUGAGUACUGCAUGAUUGGAGUAUCACUGGAUGCUCUGGUUAUUUGCCGACUUAGGAAGAAUACCGAAUUUCAAGGAGCAAAAAUUCAAAAGUCCCCACAGCCAAGUUUAUUACCUGACAAGCACGUAGACACGAAUAACGCUAUUUCAGAAAGUAUAUCUGGUUGGGAAAAUAUGGUUGACUUUUACUUAUCAAGUGAGUCAGGGCAGGAACUACUCAGUGAAAUAGCAGAAUCUUCACAAUCUUCACAAAAUCCACAGGUUCCUAGUGAAGAAGAUUUCUAUGCGGAUAUACUGAGGGAUGAAAUAGUAAAGCUAGAUGAUCCGGCGGUCUCCGGUAAUACACUUAUCAAUGUACCAAGGCUUCAAACAGAGUCCAACACCACAAGAGUACUGCCUUUACCCAACAUGGUAGACAAACAAAUGCAAUCAUUGCUACAGAAACUGCCAUUACAAAAUGACACUGGAGAAGAAAACAACAUAUCCAUGUCAAAUUGCUUUAUCGGUAUAUACUCGAUUAAGUCUAUAAACCGAGCGCGGUGGGACGUCGUUGUUUGGGCGCUUGUUAUGAUAGCCGUGUUGGUGUUUUAUCUAGUGUGAAUGUGUGAUGCCAUAAAAGACUUUUUCUAGGCAGUUUGCAUGGUUAUGUCUUAAUGUUGAGAGAGAUCUUGUAACUGUUAGGCUUAGUUUACGUUAUCAUUCGCUCCAUUAUAUAUUAAGAAUUGUAUUGUAGUGUCUAUGUGUGCCAAGAAUAUGAUUCUAUGAAUAUGAGGCUCUCGAGAGAUAUGUAAUUCUGUUUCAGGCAGAUUUUAUA